GAGGUGAACAACAACGAGGAAGGGAAGGAGAGGUACGAGAAUAUGCAUAGUAUUGGGGUGUGGUGGUAAGGCGCAGGGGGAGAGCAGCUGUUGGAGCGGAGUCGGGCCGGGCUGGACCGUUGGUGAGUGAGCGCACGGUCGGUAGAAAAAGAAAAUGAUCCCGUCGGUGUACGCGCGUAACGUACGACGGAGGGGGUCGUAAGAAGAGUGAAGAAGAGCCCGGAGGGAGUCUCUCGCCGAAGGAGGCGUGCGGCGCCACGGUGGGUACCGACGCGACGACUCGGUUGCGACUAUAAGUAAGUCUCGCGCGGCGCGCCGCGACUUAAUGCCGUCGCCGCGUCCGUGGCGCCAAGAGGAAGGCCCGUUGGCGACAACGAUAAACCUCCUUCUCGUGCGUCCCCACGACUGUGAAGGAGAGGAGAGAGAGAGAGAGAGAGAGAGAGAGAGAGAGAGAGAGAGAGAGAGAGAGAGAGAGAGAGAGAGAGAGAGAGAGGGAGGGAGGGAGGCGCGUUGAACUUAUAUUCCGUAGAAUAGUGUGAAUUGGCGACAGUACAGAUAACACGUGGCUGUCAGUCGCUACUGUUACCGUGUCAGUUUGGCCGGCCAGUGUUCGCCAUCAGUGAUCAAAAAGAGUGACUGUUCCGGAUUUCUUCUCCGUGCUGUAAAACAUUGUGCCAACAUUUGUAUUUUCCUUAACGAGGGACGGUCGUAGGGUUGAAUCGGACGAUUACUGUUGUGAAAGCUGUAACGUCGUGUGUACAUAGUGAGCGAGUAUCGAGUGGUGAGAACGAGAGAAGAGGACAGUCUCGGUAGUGAUUGCGCAAAGGGUGGUUUCUCACUACUUCGUGAAACGUUAUCCUUUUUCCGCGUUUGAUCUCGCGUGACAAUCGUCUUGAUAAUCAACUGUUAUACCUUGCUUCCGCUCUCGCGUCAAGUGACAGCAUGUCCGGCAUUCUCUACACGUUACUCGGCCUCGCGGCCAUUCAUUGCGCCGUACGUCGCGAGAUUAGCCCGUGCACCUGCCGACAGGAGGAGUUUUCUAGUCCCGUUAUCAACCAGGCAGCGGUGGCGACGACGGUGGCUGCGUCCAGCGCCGGAGUCGCCAAUGCAAACAACAAUGCUGGUGGUGGUAGUGGUGGUGGUGGUGGUGGUGGUGGUGGUGGAGGUGGUGGAGGUGGUGGAGGUGGUGGUAGCGGCCACCAUGUAGGGGAACGUAUCGAGGUGGUGUGCGAAAAGAUGAAAUCGUUCGACCAAUUGGCCGAGGCGCUCAAAGGCAAAUUCACCCUCGAGCAACAAAUCACCCUGCGAGUGACGCGCUCGAAUCUGCGAGACAUAUCGCGUCACGACUUCAAGGAGCUGCGUAUGUCCAUCACCCGACUCGAGCUGAAUCACGAUUAUCUUGGGGUCGUGGACGGCGACGUUUUCGCCGGUCUGGGUCGUACGCAGUAUUUGAGCCUCGCGGACAAUGAGAUACCGUCGAUACCGAAGCACAUUUUGUCGCACCUAUCAUUGCUACGGACUUUGGACCUCAGCAGGAACCGGAUAAGCCGCAUCGAUUUGGAUGAUUUCAAGUACAAUCCGAUGCUUCAGCACUUGGCCAUGGCCGGAAACGCGAUCUCUGAGAUGACCCCCGGUUCGCUGCCGCCUUUGGUGAAGCAUCUGCAUGUUGGCAGAAAUCGUCUCAACAACCUAAAUCAUACCCUAAGAGAUUUGAAUCAACUCGAGUGGUUGCUCAUUAAUUCUAAUGAGCUCACGUCACUCGACGGCGAGCUACCGUCGUCCGGCCACAAUCUCAAGAUGCUUUACGCCGUGGAUAACAAGUUGACGCAUCUGCCGGCCGAGUUCCGAUACCUGCAUCGUCUGGAGAAUCUCUUCCUCCAGCAGAACAAGAUUCGAAAUCUCGACGGCACUCUGCAGAAAGCCAGACGCUUAAAAUUCCUGGAGCUCUCGUAUAACGAAUUGCAAGAGCUGAACGCGGACGAUUUCAUAGAGGCCGAAAUGUUGGAGGACCUCGAGCUCGGGCACAACUCCAUCAAGUCUCUCGGCGGUGUGGACAGCGAUGGAAAUUGGAGUAGCGCCCUUUAUCCCCUCAGAUCGUUGAAGUGCCUGAACCUGACGCACAACGAGCUCCGCGAGUUCUCUCUGGCUUCCCUGCGCGGUCUACGCGAGCUCAGGUUGCUCGAUCUGUCGAACAACCGGAUCGCGAGAUUGCACAAAGGAAGGCCGUCCUCCGAGAAUCUGGUGGAGGAGGAGGGCGAGGAGAUCGCGGGUGGUACUAUCCAAGAUCUGCGUCUUCAGCAUAACGAACUGCGCAGUCUGGACGGCUCGCUGUUUCUGGGCAUGAAGGAGUUGCAGAGGCUCAAUCUCAGUCACAACGCGCUAGGCCCGACGAUCGGGCCGCGAGAUCUGCGCGGUCUCGACGGACUACGCGUGCUCGACGUCUCGCACAAUCAACUCACUACCCUCGAGGAUACGUCGGAGACGUGGCUACCGUCCCUGGAGGAAUUAAACGCCUCGCACAAUCGCCUGGUCACGCUGUCUGGCCGCGAUUUUCGCGGUUUCCCGGUGCUCUGCGGGGCCGACGUCAGCAUGAAUCAAAUACGUACUCUCAUGCCGGAGCUGGUGGCCAAUACACGAUGCACGAUUCACGGAGUCCCCGACGUGCUACGUAUAUACCUUCAAGAUAAUCCUGUGCUGUGCGACGCCGGCUUGGCCGACUUGACCGUCGCGCUCGAGGUAAAUCACGCCAAGAUUUACGGGGUCGGUAGCGAUUGCCCAACCACAACAACGUCCGCACCACCGACGACGGCAGUGGCAACGACGACGACAACGACGGCAGCGGUGACAACAACGACGACGACGACCGAGGUGACGACGACGACGCCGGCACUACCGCCGGCACCGCUGCCGCCGACGCUUAUACUGGCUGCCGCGGCGGCCGCGUCCGGGGGCAACGUGUCCUUCGCCGCCACCCUCGAAUAAGAGCCCCGGCAUUGCCGCGGUGCGUGCUGGCCCUACGAGAAUAAUUGCGCGAGCACCACAUCAAGCAGGGUGAAGAGAUCCGACGAAGGAAGGCAGAAGGUCCGAGAAAUUCGCGCGAGGAUUUGUCGUCUUUGUUUUUGAACGAGAUGACGAGAGAGAGAGAGAGAGAGAGAGAGAGAGAGAGAGAGAGAGAGAGAGAGGCGCGACCACCAAAGUACGAGCGGAGCGAUCGUUCGAAACGACACCGCGCCGUCUCCGUGGACACCCCCAUUGGUAGUGCGUAUCGCGUGUAUUGUACAUCGUGCGUAAUGUAACAGGCUCGACGAUCUUUCCGAGCGAUUUUGAAGGGAGGGGCAGACAGUGUGUUUGUGUGUCUGUCUCUGCGCAUAAAUAGAAAAGUGAUUUUGUGCGAUCGGCAAAUUCACAAACCGUUGAGAGAAGCACCUUCUUUAGUCGUAGCGAGUCCCGAGAUGGAACCGCACAGACGCGAUGGAUACACUUGGAAGAAUCUUGCGUGUCUUGUUGGAUAUUAGGGCUGUACGAGGGCCGCCCGUUCAUCCGCCCGAUAUCUUGAGAUCAUUCAAGAACUAGGAUCCAUAUAUAUAAUUAUUAUGUCGUCAAUAAGAAACAAACGAAUGCGGAAUUGUAUUGCAUACAAAUUAUAUUUACCAACAAAGUCUUAUGUGCCCUUGCAUUGUAAAUAGUCUCCACCAACGAAAAGUCCCGUAUGUAGAAAUAAGUCGUCUUGAAUUUUCCUUUUUGCCAAGUUGAGAAUGGCCGACGAUGAAACUAGAUGUCGGAAUCGAUUGGUCGGUUCAUUCUUAUGUACGUACACUUGGCGUUAGUUCGCUUUUUUUCUCGCGAGCUUAAAAUGUAUAGCAUUCUCGAUAGAUUUCAAUUGCGCAUUCAAUAUGGCAAAGCAAUAAAAUAUAUUUGAAUAUAUACAUAUAUAUUCAGUAUGUAUAUUGAAUAUCAUAUUGUAUUUUGAAAAUGAGCAUCGCAGAACAUCGUAGAACAUCUCGAGCGUCUCGAGCCCGCAACGGAAAUACGUUAAUCAUCGUUUUUUUCUGAUAAGCCAAACGUUUUCAACGUAUCACGAAGCGACGAUACGAAUGAAGGAAAACAGCAAAGUUCUACAACGUGAUAAUUCGCGGAAGACUUCGGUCUUCAAUCGAGUUUCUCUCGAUCGUCAUGUAUAUGCAAAUGAAUUCCCGGCGGGUCAAUGGAGCAAAUGAAAUCUGUUAACUUUAUGCCGUUGGCAUGGGGCAGAUUGGCAGUGGGCGAUCAAUUGACUUCUUCGUUAACUCGUGCCAAUAGAGACGAAUUGUUAUGAACGUGCCUCCACGCAUACAUAAUAGGAUCGGCCCGUUUAUCAUCUGCGUACGGUGUUUGGUUAUUCCAUACGCGCGUAAAUAAUAUUAUAAUAUAGCGUAAACGUCCAUUUCCAAAAAAUUUACACAAAGAAACACUGCGCAAAGCAGCAUUCUUCUCCAAAUCAGGGCUAUUUCUCUUCUCAAAAGAAGCGCUGUACAACUGGCGUUAUUCUGAGAUCACUAGAUCUAGACGAACGUAAAUAGUAUCUCUUGAUUUCUCACAUAUAUAUAUAUAUAUAUGUAUGUGUGUGUGUGUGUGUGUGUGUGUGUGUGUGUGUCUGUGUGUGUAUAUGUAUAUAUACAUACAUACA